CGUAAUGUAAACGAAAUGGUGGCGUCAUGGAAUUCAUGACAACGCCUAUUUCGAUAAUGCAUUAGUAGAAUAACGUGAGAAUAAUCAAUUACAUCCAGUGAACUAUUCCUCCUCUCUAAAGGUCUAAUUUAUAUAUUUCAGUUAUCUGUCUCAGUUUAACGACUGGAAAGAUGGCCAGUAUAUCUGUUCCUCCACUUGACCUUUCCCUUGGAGUGCAAAGUUACAAGCCACCGCUGUCACUAUGGCAACUAGUGGAAGACGUUGUUAGUUCACAUGAGCAAGGGGAAGUUAAGAGGAUUUUGGGAGAAAGCCUUGUUGACCAGAGUAUUGAACUUCAUGAGGAGGUAUCUACACUGCUGUCCAUCUUGCAGGACUACAGAAUGGAGACAAGCGAAAGUGAACCUCUUAAAGUUCUCCCAGAACCACCGCAACAACGAGAAAGACUCAUACAAGAAAUUAGUUUCUUUGUUGAAAAUAUCAAAGCCAAAGCCAAAAGCAAGGGAAUAGAUCAUGAACACCUGUUCACCAAACAUAACAGCUGUGUCAUUGACUAUGCCUUGGAAACAAGCCGUGACUGUUCAAAUGCUCAAAUAAGGUCACCAAAGACUGAAGAAGCAGCAACCAGAGUUACCUCCCCACAGAACAGCAUACCAUUCCAAGACUUAAGUGAAGAGAUGCAGAGAAUGAGAAAUAAGCUGAACUACCUGCAGCUGGAUGAUGUUGUGCAGCAUCUCAGAUCCACUCUACAGGAUGAAAUAGAACAGUUGUUACAGUUCAUCACCUUUCUUCAACUGCAGCUAGAUGAUGAAGUUUCCAUUCGAAUGACUGGGAGACCAACAAUAACAGAAGAGCCCACUCUCACAGAACUGAAAGUGGAAAGGGCUGCCCUGGAGAAAGAGCUUCUAACACAUGACAUGGUUCCUGCCUCUCCACCAAACAGGCUUACUUUUGUACCCAAACCAGACUUAAGAUUGCACUCUACAAGUACUUUGUCUGUCCUGUCUCAGCCCAUCAGUGUGGGAGCAAAACAUCUGUUUUCAUCAAGUGACUAUAAGUGGGAAAACAUACAUAAUACACCAGUGAAGGCAAGAUAUGAGGAAAGUUCAAAUAUUGGAGUAACAUUUUCAUCUACAAGCCCAGAUUGUGGAACGUCUUCUCCAGUAUCACUAAAGGAUAUAGCAGUAUUGGAACAACCAGUGAGAAAAGUGUCUGCUAGUCCAACUCUGGUGAAAGUUGUGCCAGUAAGCAGGAUACAGUCUCCACAAGCACCCCCUCACGGUGAGGCAAAGUACGUUCCAACUCCACCAACAAAACAAAUAGCUAACAGACCAAGCUCAGCUGACAGGUUUCGCAAGCUGGUGUUAGACUGUCGUGAUGGGACAUAGCAUGUAUUUGUUCCCAUGUCAUCCAUCUGUUUGGUUUGUAUUUGUCUGUGCUCUACUCUCUCGUGAAUUAUUUUCUUUCCCAGUGUGUGAUAAACGUACACUUAUACCUACAAUACUCUGGCACAAGGAUGGCCAGUGACCAAGCUAGGACAGAGAAGUGUAUUGCAGGACCUACACCAACAAAAUUAUAGAAAGGCUGUUUCAUGAAUAAACAGAGACUCGCCCCUUUCAGCUCUACAAGCCCCAUGAUAUACUGACAAUGCAAGUGAUCAAACAGGGGCAGCAUGAACUAGUACGACAUGCUCGGGGAACUGACAGUUGUGCUUAUAUGAUUCACCCACUGACUAUAUUUGGGAAUUUUUCAGGUCUUACAAAUAAACAUGCUGAUGUGUACUGCGUUUAUUUUGAUGUCAUAUGCCUUAGCAAGACAUGGUGCCAAGACUGAAAGUGUGAUCAUUUUUCUGGUUAUUUUAAAUCUGAUACACUCCAUGCCAAGAACAUUGCUAUUUGGUAUCAUGGUAUAAAUCAGAAACUCAUUUGUGUGAAACUCAUUUUGGAUAAAAAAUGCUUUAUUUA